AUGCAAAAAGAUCAAGAGACCUUAUAUGAGUAUUGGAGUCGAUUCAAGAGGUUAUUAAAGACUUGCCCUCACCAUGGGUUGAACACUCAUCUACUCAUAAGUUACUUUACCGGAGGUCUUUGUGCGGAAGAUAGAAGACUACUCACCGCAUCUAGCGGUGGUUCCCUUUCCAAGAACAAGACGGAGGCGGAAGCAUGGAGCUUGAUAAAUGAUGUCGCCGAGGCUACUCAACACGUGAGGGUGAGAAGCAACCCUCUCAAGGGUAUAGCGGAAGCAUCUCCUUCCGAAGCAAGUCUAACCAAGGGCACACUCAAUGCCAUUACACUAUGGUCAGGGACUACAUUGGAGAAGAUACCUCCUAGAACCUUGGAAGACAUUCAUGAGGAGGAAGUGGUUGUUGAAGCUCCACAUGGAGAGAAAGAGAUGAGCACAAGGCAAGAAAAGGAAGAAGUUAACCUCAAGGAGCCUAAGAGAAAAGCUACCAUGGAUGAAUCUAUUCCUAUUUCAUUCCCUUCCAUGAUAAAGAAAGCAAAGAAAGCUCCGGAGUUUGAUUUGAACAUGCUUCAAGUAUUCAAGAAAGUUGAGGUAACCAUCCCACUUCUUGAUGUUAUUCAACAAAUUCUGAAGUAUGCAAAAUUCUUGAAAGACUUGUGCACACACAAAGAUAGGAUUAGCGAGUUGGAGACAUUGUCUUUGGGUAGUUCUAUUUCUGCAUUGAUGAAGCCUAUUCCUGAAAAGUUUGGUGACCCUGGGCCUUGUUUGGUCUCUUGUUCUAUUGGUGGAGUUGUUUUUCAUGAUUGUAUGUGCGAUUUAGGAGCUUGCGUGAGCAUCAUGCCAUUCUCAGUGUUUGCAAGGUUGAACAUGGCUCCAUUGAAAAGGUCGGCCGCUAGAUUUGCCUUAGCCGACAAGAGUAUAAUUACCGUGAUGGGGAUAGCCGAAUAUGUGCUUGUAGCAAUCAAGGAUUUGGUGUUCCCAGUCGAUUUUUACAUCCUUGAAAUGCCACCAACAGAGGGUAGAAGUUCUUCCUCCGUUCUACUCGGUAGACCCUUCUUGAAGACCUCUAAAUUCAAGUUGGAUGCCUACACCGGCACAUACUCUUUUGAGGUUGAAGAUAAGACGAUUAAGUUCAACUUGGAGGAAGCCAUGAAACACCCACCCGAAGAGCAUUCCGUUCUCCUAAGUGAUGUAAUUGAUGAGGUGGUAGCGGAGAUAUAA